AGCCUCCCUGAUCAUGUGAUGGAGACAAAAUGGAGAAUGUCAGUGAUUCACAUCAUGCUGAUUAUGAUAAUCAAACUUUGGCUUUAUUUACGUCACUGAAGCGUGAAUUCACAUGUUAUUACCCUUAUACUAUUUAUAGUGUUAUGUUUCACGUCGUUAGAUAAAACAUUGAGCAAAAUAUGGAGCAGAAAUUGUAGUAAAAAGUGGGAAAAGUUUCAACAACUUCUGCAUACAUUAGUUUUUCAGAAAACAAUAAAACAUCUGCCUUUUUCGAAUUUAUGAGAUAGAUAUUGGUCUCUUUCUUAUUUUGAAUCAUACUCAGAUAAAAAGUAUGGAUCAAGGUGGAUCUAAUUCGAGUUUGCCCUCGUUUCAGUCAUUUUUCUGUGGGAAGAACUCUAGUAUCCCAAACAUGCAACAGCAGCAACCAAACAAUAACUUUUAUUACGAUACAGCACAAUCAUCUACAGCAUUAGAUUUAACAUGCACAAAUUCAAAACCAGUAUCUAUUUAUAAUCCAUGUACUGUUGGCCAAAAUGAAAACUCUGACAAACAGUCACUUUAUUACAAAGAGUGCUUACCAAGCUUUGCAAACUUUAUGAAUUAUCCUCAACAUAGUAAUAAUUAUGAAGAAAGAUCUAACCAUUUAGAAGCAAAAGAAAUCAAUCAAGCACACCAACAUGCACAAGAAGUGCGCCAACAUGCACAAGAAGUGCACCAACAUGCACAAGAAGCGCACCAACAUGCACUAGAAGCACACCAUCAUGCACAAGAUAAAAGCAAUGCUUCAGCAGGAUUAACUAGUGCAGAAAACUAUUACAGUUAUAAACUUAAUGAAAUGUCUCAAAUGUGGAAAGACCAUAUAAAAACUGAAAAACAACUGCCAUCAGAUCAUGAACCAGUUUAUCACAAUAAUCAUCAAAGUGCUGUCAGUCAUCCCGGUCAUGCAGCCUACCCACAGUAUGAUCCAUAUGCUUUUAUGAACAAUAUGCCACCAGCUAGUUCACAAGUAAAUUUCCAACAAUAUUAUAAUCAACCAGGCCAUUCCUAUCAAAAUUAUGGAAUGUAUCCAAAUAUAAAAUCAGAAGAACUUUAUGGCAAAUCAUUUCAAGAUCCACAUUUACCGAUUAAUAAUGAUGAUAAUGGUUUUGAAGAUCUAGACUCAUUGAUUCUUAAAAGACGUAAACCCUCCUCAAAUUCAAAGAGAGCUAAGAAAAUGAGAGGUGGGAUAGAAGACUGCAACUAUGAACUUUGUAACAUGUGGGAUGAAGUUGCAGAACCUAAUGAUACUGUUGCAAAAGGAAUUAAUGUGUCAGAAACUUCACGGUCAUCUCUAAGUACUGAUUCUAAUAGUCAAACAGAACUUAGAAAUACAAAAAGUCAUGACAGCAGUUCUAAUGACCAAGCUUCCAGUAAUACUGCUAAAGAACCCAAUGCUGAUAUUUUGAAGCCAGCCACAAUAUUUAACUAUGUAGCAGAUGAAUCAUAUAAUUUGAAAUGUUGUCAAUUUUUAGAAGCAGAAAAGAGGUUAUGUCAGCAUUUAAAGAUGAUAAGUUUUGGUGAACCUGUGUCUCAUAUUUACAAUCCUUUAGUUUAUGCAUUUGAAACUCAUUUGAAGUUCCUGAAAACUUUCUGUACAUCAGAUAAAUCUGUUCUCUUCCUAGCUAUGAAUCCAGGUCCAUUUGGAAUGUCACAAAAUGGAGUACCUUUCGGAGAAGUUUCUGCUGUCAGGGAUUGGUUUAAAAUUAGAGGCAAUGUACAGAAGCCAGCCAGGGAACAUCCUAAAAGAUGUAUAACAGGACUGGAUUGUCACAGAUCUGAGGUUAGUGGUGGUCGCUUUUGGGGAUUUUUCAAGAGAGUUUGUGGAACACCUGAGGUUUUCUUCAGACAUUGCUUUGUACAUAAUUUUUGCCCGUUAGCAUUCAUGUCACCAACAGGCAGAAAUAUCACUCCACCAGAAUUAAGAGCAGACCAGAGGAAUGCCUUAAACCAUGCUUGUGACAUGGCUUUGAUCGAGACUUUAAACAUCCUACAAGUCAAAAUAAUAGUAUGUAUAGGAAAGUUUGUAGAGUCAAGAGUGCAAUCUGUUCUAAAGAAUCAGGGAAAUAAUGAAAUCCGUGUAGAGAGAAUCACACAUCCAAGUCCCAUAAAUCCAGCAGCCAACAAAGGCUGGGAUGAUACAGUUUAUCAGCAGCUGAAAGACAUUGGAAUCAUGUCAUACUUUACCAGAAAUGAUUAAAUCAAUGACUCAUUUGACCUCAACCUUAUUUAAGUCACCAUUAGGGUUACUUUGGUUAUAAGUCACACAACUUUCAUAUCUUUAUAUUGAAAAAAUGUUUUCCUCAUUGAAAUCACUUUGAAUAUAUAUAUGUAAGUAGAAAUAUGUUGCUUUCGUUGUUCAUUAUCUAAUAGCUGAAUAUUUUUUAAGAACUUCAGAUGUACUUUUUUUCAAAACUAACAUACCUGUAUGAUAAACAUUGUAUAUACCAGUAUAUGUAUAUAUAAAGGUAGUAUAAAUGAGAGGCUCCAGAUCUCAGAUAUGUACAUUUCUGUUUGAUCUGUUACCCUUCAAGUUAAAAUUUCCAAUAGUUUUGUGAAAGUUUAUUUUCUUUGAAUGUUAUAAAUAUGAGAAUCAUAAGUCAGUAUGUGUGGUAAGCAGCUUUAUUUUUACUAUCUGUUGUAAUUUAAGAUUUUUAUAACUUUGUUAUGUGUUGUUUUAUUCAAUCACUAUUUUAGGACAUAAUUUUGUAGCUUAAUUUUGAAUUCAGUACACAUGGUUUUAUAUUAUGUGUUCCUCCAAACCAAAAGUUUUUCUCUGAAGGCACUUUUUCGGCAGCAGACUCAAUAUCCAUAGAUUUUUUAACCAUUUACUCUAAUGGUAAAACAUAAUCCAGAUCCAACCACUCAUAGAAAUUUAUGUAAGAGUGCCUUCAAAGACUCCACCUUUUCUGGAAAAGCCCAUAAAUUCAGUGUUCUGUUCAUAUUUUGAUGUUAAAGACAUUUUUACUUAUUCCAGUUUUUAAAACCUGAUAUACCAAUGAUGUAUACUGAGCUUGAAGAAUAGAAUAAAAUGCACAUGUCCAGAUGUACAGUUUAUUAUAUAUGACUAUAAAAAUAUACUAGCAUCUAACAAAUAAUAAUAUACUGUAGUGUUUUUAAUUAUUUAUGUGCAAUUUAUAUAUCAAAAUCAUUAGUUCAAAGUAACUUCAAACAUAUUCAAGCCCCAUGCAAAUAAAAUUUUGAAAUAAUAUAAAAUGACCUGUACAAUGCAGCUUAAAAGGUAGCAUAUGGGGUAGAUUCUUUAUGGAAAAUGUCAUCUGAAUAUUAAGAAAAAUACAUACAGAAGAAGAAUCUUUUAAAUUUCUUCCACUUAUUCUCUAAGAUUAGAUCAGGAUUUCACCAAAAUAGGAUAUUUUGAGACCAACGUGCAUAGUACUUGUAUACUGGCCCAGAGCUGUGUAAUAUUUUAUAAUGGGUCUUUCAUAUAUUGAGGUUUAUAUAGCACCAUAUAAUGAUUGGCCAUGAACUAUACAGUUUGUACCCAUUGGUUUAAAAAGCAAGUGAAUCAAUUACAUAGAAAAUGACUGAAAAUAGUGAUUGAGUAAUGAAUGCUAUUGUUGUCAUACAAUAUGUAAAAUAUUUGAUGUACAAUUUUAGUGCUUUCAACUUGGAAGGGUGCCAAAGUUAAUUUCCUUUUUUUUUUGUUUUUAUUUCUUGCCAUCCAUUGUUUUUUUGUUAUAUUAAAUAUAUGUGAAGAUUUUACUAUUUAACAUGAUAAGCUUUACCAGAUUUGUUAUAUGUUUUGCACAGAUUUCUUACAUUUUGGGUGUUUUAUUUUAAACUGAUAUUCGUCUUCCCUGGCAUGGGGAAACACAAUUCUUUUGAUAUAUUAUUUGAAAUAUUACUUUCAUGAAACCACUAUAUCGAUUAAUUUUAAUAUUUGAUGGAGUAUGAAUUAUUUUUCUAUUACUAUUUUUGAGCAAAUGCUGUUCUACAGUAAAGAAAUCAUUUCAAAAUUUGAAGAAAAAAGUUGACUACUGUUAUACAUUUUUUUUAAGUAAAGCAGCAAAAACAUAUCUUUAAUUCCAUGUAAAGUAUAAACUAAGCAAAUGUUGUAAUGAAGAUUUCAGACCAAAUAUUUCAUAAUAAUAUACGGUAAUGAUUUAAAACAAACAUUUCUAAAGAAGCAUUUUGAUUGUGGAAACUAAAUGGCAUCAACUUUCCUCCAUCUGCUAACGUUUUACAUUAUUUAAUAACCACCUCUGAAACUACAGGUACAACUUCAAUGAAACUUGACAAAUAGUGCCUACAAAAGUUUUCCAUUUACCUUGGGGGGGGGGGGG